AUGUGGAAGUUCGCAUCUGAGUAUCAGGCUGCAGGCGCUACUCGUGGAAAGAUCGCUAACGCUUCUGUUGAUAGUGCUUCAAAAUGGAGGUCUCCUGUCUCCCCUUUCCAGAAACUCAAACUCCUUAAAACGACGGCCACGUCUGUUGGGGACGUCAUGCGAGAUUUACACGGCAAGCAUCUUAUUGCGGGCGAUUUCCUCCUUGUCAGUGCAGAUGUGGUCAGCAACAUGCCUAUUGAAGGAGUUUGGGCGCAGCAUCGGGCCCGGAGGAUAGCAGACAAGAAUGCUAUUAUGACUAUGAUCCUACGCGAAGCCGGACCGUCGCAUCGAACAAAAGCCUCACCUACUUCCCCUGUAUUUAUCAUUGAUCCGACAGUCGACCGCUGCUUACAUUAUGAGGAAAUACGCCGACAUCAAACUGGCACCAAAUCAUCUUAUGUUAGUAUAGAUUCAGACCUCGUGAAAUCGCACCCGGAAAUUGAUAUCAGGAAUGAUUUGAUCGAUUGUGGGAUUGAUAUUUGCACCCCCGAGGUUCUGGGACUUUGGGCCGACAGUUUUGACUACCAGGCCCCGAGGAAGCAUUUUCUCUACGGCGUCUUGAAGGAUUAUGAGUUGAAUGGCAAGACCAUUCACACUCAUAUUGUGAAAAGUCAUUAUGCGGCCAGAGUACGGAACCUCAAAGCCUAUGACUCAAUCAGCCGAGAUUAUAUUUCAAGGUGGGUAUACCCGCUUUGCCCCGAAGCGAAUUUAUUCCCUGGCGAUUCCUUUAGAUUGAGACGGGGCAACAUUUAUCAAGAAGAGGGUGUUGUUCUAUCGAGAUCAGCGGUAGUGAAGCAGCGAACGAUCAUAGGCAAGGAAACAAACAUCGGCGAAGGGACCUCCAUUACCGAUAGCGUGAUUGUUAUUGGUGACGGCACCGAGAUUCGACAUGCUAUUGUGGCAAAUGGGGCAAUUGUCGGGAAUAAGUGUCGAGUUGAGCCUGGAGUACUGCUCUCAUAUGGCGUAAAACUCGGAAAUGAUGUCUCGAUUCCGAGAAGCAUGAGGAUAACCACGUUAGAGCAAGAGGAUGCAGUAGUCAACUCUUCCCUGCUUGGGAAAGGGGGCAAAGGUCAUGAGUUUGUUCAUGAUUCUGAAGAUGAAGAUGACGAUGAAGGUGAAGAUGAAUUUGCUAUGUCUGGACUUUUGUACAACAUGGCAGAGCUUUCUCUGUCGGAUGCUUCGAUUUCUACCCUUACAUCCGAGCUGUCUGAGGACGAAUCGACCGAGUUAAGGCAACGAUCAGACAGUUUUGGCACGUCUGUAUCCGACGAUGAAGAGAGGGGACAUUUCCAUCACGAUGCCGUCGUUAGUAUCGUUGACAGUCUUAAAGAGGGGUUGAGUGCCGAUGUUGUCCAACUAGAACUAGUUGGAUUACGAAUGAGCGCCAAUGCAUCGGAACAUCAAGUACGGCGAGCGGUGGUGACCGCAUUUAUGAAACAUACCCAGCGCCAGAUUGACGAAGGCUCCAUAAGUGCUGGGGAAGCCGUCAAACAACUCCUUACAAAAUACAAAGAGAUCCUUGCUCGAAUUGUGUUCGAUCGGGAUCAUGAUGAGAAGCCAGACCAGGUCGAUUUAUUACUCUUGCUCCAGCAGGACCUUGCCGAACGGAACAAGGGAGAUACUAUCCUUUUGUUCGCCGCAAAGGAGCUCUAUGACUUGGAAAUUGUGGAGGACGAAGCAUUUGAGCAGUGGUGGGAGGAUGAGCGGUCGACUGCUACUGAGGCAUUGAAGAAAGUCCGCCAGCAGACACAACCCUUUAUUGACUGGUUGAUGGCUGAGGACAGUGAUGAUGAGGAGUCAGAUGAAGAAUCUGGUGAAGAUGAAGAUGAAGAUGACGAGGACGACGAGGAGGAAGAGGAAAGUGAUGCAUAG